AUGGCAGUUUCGUCGGUUACUGGUUUCAUGUGUCUUCCACUUGAAGUACGGCUACAAAUAUAUCACUAUUGCAUUCGACACGAGCGCCUUGUCGAUGUUAGUUGCCCUUCUUUGGAUAAUCAUCAGGAUACCUUGGACCGGAAAUCGCGCAGAGAGCAGCGUGAUGGUAUUAUGGAGUUUGGCCGUCACGAGCAUUUCUGGUUACCAAGGACAAAGUCCAAUACCAUUCUCCUCUUGUCAAGGCAGAUUAGCGAGGAGGCCCUGGAUGUUCUUUAUGGCGACAAUAUCUUCAAGGUUCAGCUCAACGCUGAUGGCGGGAACCGUCUCAUCAACAACUUUACGGAAGCAAACAGAAGAAGAAUGCGACGCUUGCUGAUUACCGCGGAGCCCCGGGGUAGCUCAUAUAUGCCGAGGAUGAUACCAAAUAAUGCUCUGUGGUCCUCAAUACUUCCGCAACUGAGGUGGCUACGGAUCGUAGCAGCACAACCAGUUGAGAAUUCGUUCUACUGUGGAGAGCUGACCAUUGAGGGGCGCCUGGAGCACUGGAUCAACUGGCUUCAACCAUUUCUGCAAUGCUUCAGUGCGAAUUUGUCGAGCCAAACGAUUGUCGAAAUGGAUGAUGACGGGUGUAUCGAAACUGGAACAUUGAUCAAAAAUUGCCUACCAAAGGGAUACCGGGAGGUACAAUGCCAGAUGAUUGGGAACUCUAUCUUCUACAGACGGCACACUUCGUUGCAUAACAAGCCCGAGAAAGUCAAUGUUGGGUCAAACAAUUUUCGAGGAGUACUUGGUGCCAGGCGACCCAUCGGUAGGGCGGAAGCACAAGAUACCCAAAUUGUGGCCCCGCGUGUUGAUCAACCAACUGGUGAUAAUAAUUCUGAAAGGGAAGAAAUCGAAGCCGGGAAAUCUUAUUACAGCAAACUGUCUCAAGCAGUUAGACAACUAUAUGGAGCUUUGAAAUAUUGA